CUCCACUUCCCAUGAUGCAGUGCGAGGUAGGAGUCGUCCCGCACACGUGCUGCUGCUGGAUAGCAAGCAUGAAGUGAAGUGUUAUUAAUUCCUUCAUGCAUUUUGCGGCCGCAUUUUCUGCCUGCGUGUUUUUCCACCAUGGAGUCGGAGCAGGACGCCGCGCUGCUGGUUCUAAUCCAGCAGCACCUGCAGGUGAGCGGCUACCGAGAGGCCGCCGAGCUGCUGGAGCCGCACGUCACUCAGGUGGAGAUGCCAAUGGAGAACUUAAACCUUCAUGACAUUUACACUGGAUGGAUGAAGCUUUGCUCUCUGGCUCAUCACGCCACCCAGCCCAACAUGGGCUUGAAGACGGGAACCACGAAGCAAGACGAGGCUGCAGGCGCCGAACUCAACGGAGGAGAGAAGAAAUCAGACGACAGAACUCUGACCGAGUGUAAGAUGGAGGUCGCCGCGCCGACCGCUGCAGAGUCAAAACCGGAGGACGAUUCUGGACGCCGGGACGGCGCUGAUGAAACCCAGACUGGGAAAUCAGACGAGACCGCCAACGGUGAAGAGGAGGAGGAAGAACAGGAGGAAGGGGAAGAGGAGGAUGAAGGAGAGGAGGAAGAGGAGAAGGAACAGGAAAAAGAGGAAACGAGGAGAGAAACGGAGCUGGUUCCAGCUGAGGGGAGAAGCUGCGUCUCCUCCGGUCCUGAUGGGACAUCUGGACCCACUCAGGGCGACACCGACCCGACCUGGCGGCCUGGAACCAGAACCUCUGAGAGCGACAAAGAGGAGGAGGAAGGAGGUGAUGAAGAGGAGGAAGGAGGCGACGAAGAGGAGGAAGGAGGCGACGAAGAGGAGCAGGAGCUUCAAGCUGCCAGAAACUCCCCUGAAGCCUCAGGGGAACCUCCAGAACCGAUCGAUGCUGUUCAAGGAGCCGCGGUCCGCUCCACUGAGGAGACGACCGCAGCUGAGGAGGAGGAGGAGGARGAGGAGGAGGAGGAGGAGGAAGAGGAGGAGGAGGAGGAGGAGGAAGAGGAGCGCGCAGCUGCAGAGAGACCCGUUCAGGCCGAGUCCGUCUCCGUUGACGACGCCCCCGGAGAGGCUCCGCCCCCUCCAGAAAAUCCUGAGAUUACUUUAAAAGACGAAGAGACGCAGCCAGAGGACGAGCCGAAAGCGGCUACAUUGGACCAAAACGGCGCUGAUCCACCAGCCAAUGAGGAAGAAGCUGCAGAAGACGAAGACGACUGCAUCAUUAUCAAAAUCCAGAAGGGGGGCGACAAAUCGGCCAAUCAGGAACCAGCAGUGAUCUGUGUUGACUCCAUCACUCCCAAGAAAAAGAAGAAGAAGAAGUCCAAAAAACGUUCUGAUGAGACAUUUCAGGUGGACAUCGCAGAAACACAGACGACUAACGAAGACGCGCUGACCAGCCGGAGAAAAAAGAAGAAAAAGAAGAGCAGAAAGAAUAGAGAAGAGAAUAAAACGGAGGUGGAGGAAGAGUCUGAAGUCGUUUCACCAAAGAAGAAAGAAAAGAAAAGGAAAAGAGAGAGAGAAGCAAUGGAGGAAAAACGAGAGGAGGCAGCGGUUCCAUUAGAAAACACCAGAAAGAAGAAGAAAAAACUGGUAGAUGAGGCUGAGAUGAAGGGAAUGGAUGAAGAGAAUCUGGCAGAAACAAAACAGAAGAAGAGAAAAAGGGAGGAGCUGCAGUUUAAAGACGCACCAGCAGAGGGCGAGAAAGAGGAGAUGAACGCCACAGCUGACUCGUUUCUGCUCUCGUCUGGAAAGAAGAGGAGGAGAUUUCUGAGGAGGAGGACGACGAGCACGAAGAGGUUACAGCUUCUCAAGAAAAUGAUGAGGAUGACGAGGAACGCUCAGAGUCCCAACCGGAUCGUCGCAGCAAGAGAAAGACAAAAGCAAAAACAAACUGUGAAGUCACCAAAAACGCAAAUAAACGCAGGACAGGAAGAAAAUUCAUCGAAGGAAAACCAGCUUCCGAGGAAGAAGAAGAAGAAAUCAGUCAAGAACAUCCUGGACGACCAAUACACAAUCUCUAAAAAACCCAAGAAGAAGAAAGUAAAGAUGGGAGAAAUCUCACCUCCUGCUGCUGUGACCCAACUUCCACCUGCGAAGAAGAAGAAGGACACGAUGAAGAUGAAACCAGAAGCUGCUCCGGAGAAAAAGAAAAAAUCCCACAAAAAGCAGAAAAACGGAAUCAUCUAGGUGAGCAUCUUCAUCCAGACUCUUUUACAGCUCAAAAUAUUAAAAUGAUUUUCUCCUCACACACCAACAGAUGAAAACUCAAGAUGUGCCUUUUUUCAUCCUCGAUUUCUCUGAUUUCUGGAGCUAUUCUCAGACAAGCUGGUGAAGGGUUUAAAAUAUCUCUGGUGGGGAUUCAAAGAGCUAAAAAUAACCAAAAACUUUGGUGUAUUUCAGCAAUAAAACUACAGUGUAGCAGUUAACGAGCCUUAUAAACAAUUACAUGAAGCUUUAAACUAUGCUUUAGAUAUUUUUCACUUACUUUUAACAAGUUAAGAGAUAAUAUUUACCUUCAUCUUUUUUAAGAAGAUGACACUAUUAGAUCAUAUUUGGAUGAGUAAAAGGUCAAACACGAAGCAGGUUUUAUAUUAAUGUUCGAGUUAAAAUUGUCUUUAAGGGAUCAAACUGUGAAACGGUUUAAGUUUUGAUGUGUGUUUUUGAUGCUGUUUAGUCUUAAGCUGUGAAUUUCUGUUUCCUGUUACUGGGGACUUUUGUCCUUUGUUACAUGGAGUUUAUAUUUAAUAAACAGAGUCUAUUAGUAAUCCACUACAUUUCAGUUUUGCUGAGAUAAAACCUGGGAACAACAGUAGUUGUCACAAUAAAUAAAUAUAUUUACAUAAUUGACACAGUUCAGGUUCUGGAUGUUCAUAACGUCUCUGUAAAAUGUUUUUAAGGUAUACUUUGAUAAGUACACUUUCCCCUACAUUUCCAAAAAGCUUUAAUUCCUGAAGUAAAACAAUGUUGACAGUUUGAUCAUUCAGAUUGAUGACUGAGUCUGUUUACAUUUUCCAAAUCGUUCACCUGACGGCGGAUCAGACCAGUGGCUGUUAUAUGUGCGUCUGACACUCCUGUAAUUAUUUCUUCGGUUCUUUCACCUAUUAAAAGUUUUUUUUGUUCUUUAAAACUCA